CUUCGACUCCCGACGCGUCAGCGGCCCUUAUUUCGUGUCAAAGCUGCUCGCCACGAUGGUGUGCUAGUCAGAAACUCAAUUGAGCCGCGAUGGAGACGUCGGCGCCCAAGAGGCGCAGAACAUCGCCGCGGACCGCCGUCGCUGUGCAGCCCCAGACCGAGUCGGAGCCCGUGUCAACGACCCCCCUAGACCCCCCUUCGCGCGCAGCCACUCCCGAUAGCACCGGAAGCUUGACCAGGGCGCUGCGAACACGGCUUGAGCUGCGCUCUGGAACUCGCGAUGGCCGCCCUCCCGCAGGAUCAGACGCGGACGGUGUCCUGCGGUCGCCCCCAAGACGGCCGGCUAGGACCCCGACGACGAGACCGGCGCCGCGGCCACUUCCGCCCCCCGCUCCCGAGCAUGACGAGGAACUAUUGAGAGCCAUUACGGAGCGCAGAGCCCCAGGGCGGUCUCUUGGGGUGCUGCCCGAACUGACUGUCCCUGAGCCCGAACUCCCACCAACUCCCGAACAUCCCGACCCUGUAGUCAGCACUCCGCCAUCCGGAAUACACAAUACUCCGUCGAGGCGACCGAGGCGGAGCAGGGCGUUGGCCGAGCGACUUAAGAGUUCCUCGCCGCUCAAGCAACCGCCGUUGGGUCCCGAUGUGCCGCCUCGGAAGGGGUUGCCCCUGGAUCUCGGCUUGCACUCAAAAAAGGGACAGCCGACUGGCGUUCCGCCGGGGCCAUCGCCAACCACGGCUGAGCUCCGCGGCCUGAAGCCGGUUGACCCAGACGCAGAGAAAAAGAAGCUCCGCGAUUCACUACUCGCCGAACUAAGCCAGCUCGAGCGCGACCUGGACGUUGUAAGCAAGGAGAAUGAACGGAUCCGACAGGGGCAUCUGUCCAGACAGACCCCCACUCCGCCCGCCAACAAGGACGAGAUCCUUGAUGUCCUCGGCCGCCACCUCCUUCCGCCCGACGACCAACCCACCAAGCAAGACCCAGUAGAAGACUGGCUUGCCUCUGCCCUCAACCCGAUCGCCUUCCUCCCCUUCAGCAAGCGCUCCUCCUCCGGUCCGCCCACCCUACCCCCCCAAACCAAAGACGAGGAACCAGAAGACCUGCCCCCUCCAGUCUCGCACCACCCCCUCCCGAUGACAGCCGACGAAGCGCUCCCCUACUUGCAAGUCUUCACCCCGCUCACCUUCACCUCCCACGUCUCGCCGCUUCCCCGCGCCGACGAGGACGACGCGCCGCUCCUCCAGCACCACACCAUCACCGCCUCCUCGACCUCUCCGCGCGGGCUCUUCACCGCACGCAUCGAGAUGACCGUCGACACGACAACGAUGGCGAUCGCCUCGCUCGCCGUGCCGCGCCUCGAGCCCGCCGCCGCGGCCGAGCUGGGCCCGUUCAUCGACCGCAUCGUCGUCGGCGGCGGCAAAGGAGGUAGUAACGGCGCAGGCGCCGACGAGAAGAUGCCCACCAGCAGCAGCGGGCUGCGCAACAACGUGAGCGUGCUGGGCUGGGCCAUGGGCGAGUGGCUGCGCACGGCGGUGCAGCGUGCCAAGGUGUGGAUCGCGCUUGAGCGCGAGGUGGCGGGGGGUAAGGACGCGCUGAGGGAGAUGGUGGCGCGGCAGCGGGCGAGGGGGAGGCGGCCGCGGCGGAGGAGGCGGCGGAAGCGGUGGGUGGAGGAGGAACGGGAGGAGGGUGAUGGUGAUGGUGAUGGUGAUGGCCAUACCGGGGAGGACGGCGAUGGGGAUGAGGAGGAAGAGGGCGGCGACGGCACUGUCGAUGGCGCCGGGAAGGGCUAUGCGGCAGCGGAUCUGCUGCCUUUCAUGGGGCGGACGUGCAUGGAUCUGGAGGUCCCCGUGCUGGAUGGUGGGAAGGGGGAGACGUCGGCGCUGAGGGUGCAGUGGCGCAUCACGUUUGACUGGACGGGCGAGGCGCGGAGCGAGAUCGGCGUGUUGGUUGGAUUGCCGGGGAAGUGGUAUAACCACGACGAGAGAGGCCAGUUGUCUGGUCUUCCGAAGUUGUUUGACGAGCUCAUCCAGGGCGGCGAGGAGCCGAUUGAUGCUGUGCGGACAGUGGUGUGCUUGCUUGCGGGGGAGCAGAGGUCGUGAUGGGGGCUGUAUAAAUACCUGUAUUGGAUGAGCAUCUGUAGUUGU